UGAACCAGCUUGAGCUGGAUUGAUUCAAUGUAGAAAGGGUGGGAGCUUUGAUUUACAUCAGCUCUGGAUUACCUCUCCUAUAAGCAGCAGCAAAACAGACUUCAGCAUUACUUCUGUAAACCUCCCUGUGUAGUUGCUGUACAGCAUAUGGCAGCUGAGGAGAUUACAGCAGUGAGCAGUUUAAAAUUUAACAGUACAGAUUAAUAAUUGCUAUACAGACCUUAUCUUUUUACAUAAAUAACUUCCAACCACUGUAUGGAAGUGGCUCAUGUUUGCUUCAGCUGUGAGACUGAUGUCUCAUAUUAAUUUCACCAGUGGGUGCUAAAUACUCAACUUGGGUCUUGGAUGCUUUAAUAGGAAGUAUUUUAAAUGAUAAAUACAAUGUUUGUGCCACAGAAGCAAAAGCAUAUCAUGGAGACACCAGACAUGGGCAAGUGGGAGCUUGCAGGUUAUGAAGCUGCUCUCCCUGUCACCGAGAAAUCUAACCCCAUUACAAGGGAAAUAGACAAAGCUGAUCCUGUCCAGAUCGUUCACCUGCUAAAAGAAUGUGAUGCUGAAAUAUUUCAGGAGGAGGAUGAUACACUUGUAAACUACAAGAAAUCUGAGCAGAACUUAAAGUGCAGUACAGAAACCAGGACUAGUGAACCUCAACUGGAAGUGGAGAUAGGACAGAGGGAGGGAGAAACUUCACACAGGAAAGUGAAGAGGCUCUACAGUGCAUCUGUACUUCAAACCAUGAUGGAUGUAACCAAGAAAGUUGAAGCAAUUUUAAAGGAUCCAGAACACAGCCUCAUUAUUCUCAGCGGAUGUGGAACCUCAGGAAGAUUAGCAUUCCUUCUUGCGACUUCAUUUAACAAGCUGCUCAAGGGACUACACAAAAAUCCAAGUUAUGCCUACAUCAUUGCAGGAGGAGAUAAGGCAAUUCUGACCUCCCAAGAGGCAUCUGAAGACAACCCCCAUCUAGGUGUUGAAGCAUUAAAGAGGGUCUGCGCAGGGAAAAAGAAAGUACUCUUUAUUGGAAUUUCAUGUGGGCUAUCGGCUCCCUUCAUUGCUGGUCAACUAGAUUUCUGCCUGAACAAUCUAGAUGUCUUCACACCAGUGUUAGUUGGCUUCAAUCCUGUGAACAUGGCAAGGAAUGAGAUCAUUGAAGGUUGGCACCUAACUUUCCGCCAAGUAGCAGAAAAAAUGGAGGAAGUUCAAGAGACCCGCAGAGCUUUCAUCCUGAACCCUGCAGUUGGACCUGAAGGCAUCAGCGGCUCCUCACGUAUGAAAGGUGGAAGUGCAACCAAAAUCAUCUUGGAGAGCCUGCUUCUGGCUGCCCAUAAGGCUACAUCCAAUAACAAAGAGGUCACAGCUAAGAAUCUGCUGGACUGGAUGAAAACCUAUGAAAAGGUUCACAAAAUCACUUACUCACAGGGUAAAAUGAUAGCUGCAAUGGUAAAGCAAGCAGGUACAAGCUUGGAAAGAAUGGGCCGGAUAUACUACAUCGGUUGGCAGACCCUAGGAGUGAUGGGAAUCAUUGACGCCAGUGAAUGUGUGCCAACAUUUGGAACAGAUUUUAAUGAUGUGCGUGGAUUCAUAAACAAAGGAUACAAAGAAAUGGCGAAUAGAGAAGGAGACUUAACAUCACGAGGGCCAGAAUUUGAAAUCUCCCAUGAAGAUUUUAUGAAGAACGUCUUGCCGGAUGUUACAGAGAAUGAUACAGUAGUCUUCAUAUUUACACUAGAUGAUGAUCUCCUGGAAAUUGAAAAGCUGGCAAACCAAGUAAAGAACAAAACACCAAAUCUUCAUGCCAUCUCCCAUGUAACCACAGGGCAGUAUGUUUCUGCUAACAUCAAGAAAACCUUUGCAUCUGUUAUGAGUAUGACAUGGCCCAUUGUAUUCUUCGAAUAUGAAGGAUUUUUUCUACAGAAGUUUCAGAGGGAACUGAGCACUAAAUGGAUACUGAAUGCCAUCAGCACCGGUGGUCACAUCUUGAAGGGAAAAAUUUACUUCAACCACAUGAUAGAUCUGAAAGUCAGCAACAGCAAACUGUUCAGGAGGGCAGUAGCUAUUCUCCAGAGAUUCACAAGUCGCUCCCCCAUCAUAUGCCAGGAGGCCCUGCUGAAGUCAAUAUAUGAGACUGAUGACCUGAGUGAUGAAAUAAGAAAUGUAGAGAUCUCUACUCACACCACACUAGCUGCCACAAAGUUCAAAGUGGUGCCCACAGCACUAGUACUCUUGACUCGGAAUUGCUCAGUAGCAGAAGCCAUGUCUAGGAUACAGGCCAAGCCAGUAGUACGAGAAACCAUUGAUCGCUACCUGACUGCGCCUGGAAGAAAACGAACAGCAGAUCAGAUUGAAAUGCAGAGAGAUGAGGAAAACGAAUGAGGAUAAUGAAAAAAGAGUGUAGCAUAAGCUUUGUGUCAGGCCAAGAAAAGCUAUCAACAGCAAGUAACACAAAAUAACAUUUUGAUGACAUUUAAAGUUUCUUACUUUCUGUGAUGGUGUCGUUCUACAUAUUUUUCUAAAUCACCCAAUCAUCUUUUAUAUAUAUAUAUAUAUAUUGUAUUUCCCUUGUCAAUUUACCACUGUGUUAACUGUCUGCCAAUGAUCCCAUAGUUUACCAUAAUUCAACUGACUCAUACAACUGUCCGUUGACAGCACAGCAACAGUAGUCUGUCAGUGUGACAAGUUACUGAUUCAGAUGAGGUCAAACUCUGAGCGGAAGUGGAUUUUUAAAAUUAGAAACCAGGACCUUAAAACUAUCUAAGAGGAUGCAUAAAGUGUACUUUGAGAUAACAGUCACCCUCACAAGAAUAUCAUCCUCAGCUUCAUUUGUAUCUCCUUGCACACUCAAUGAAUCAAUGUUGUGAAUGCCUAGUGGUUAGGAAAUACAUGUAAAAAGCAUCUGCGAGAAAUUAAAUAAUUGUCUUCCUCCAACAACACAAGUCCACCAGGUAAUGUAGUGUGAUGGGGUGUUGCUAGUUUUGCAUGUUCAAUUAAUCACGUUAUAAAGGCAGAUGGCUUGUCACUCCAUAGAGCUUUACAAUGUCAUGAGAGCUACUAAUAUAACAAUAUACUUAUCAAAUGGUCUGAACAAGAUUAUGUUAAUACAAACAAAACAGUCGUGAUAAUAACACACGUCUUUCCUUCCAGUUCAGCUUAACCAUAACAAAGAACAGAUCACUUCGCUAUGCCCCCUUUUGUUCUGUCAAUAAUAACCCCUUCAAUCCACGGAGGGCCACAUCGCUUCCCUUCCGGGUCCGCCUCCUUUCUAGAUGACCGUCUUCCUUCUAACCCUGGGAAUGAAUUGUCUGGACAUCCAGUCCAAGACACUCUGUUCCCUUUACACAACACCUUCACAGGUCAGGAGAGAGAUUUAUCACCAAGAAUCAUUCUGUCUCUGUCACACUUCCUGUGUUGUUAUUUGAAAAAAAGGUUCUCUUGCAAGGUAUUAUCAAAUUACCUUCAGGAUUGUUCAGUCUUACACAAUUGAUUUAAACAGCAAUGGAUCUAAACACCACCACUGAGUUGCAAUGUCUGUAAAAAGUCAGAUGGGAUUGUACUUGAGUGGUGUGUAUGGAUUUGGUUGUGGAUCCACCCCUGCCUCUCUUAGAGCCACCCUAAAUUUCUGUCUGUUCCUAUUGAUGAUUUAAAAGAUGUUCUUUUAGAUAAAUAGCUGUUAGCUGAGUCUGUUUGUUCAAAAUACAAAGAUGUUGCUUCA